GCCAGUUCAAUUUAUCUGCCAUUUUGUAUCUGCACAGUCUGGUUAGACGAAGUCAAGUCGUUAACGAAGAAGGAGGCAAAUAUGCUAACGUGCACUUUAUUUUUAACGAGUGCCUAUGAUUAAAGUACAUUACCGUUUGAUUUGUUAGGAUAGGUAGCGUGAUUUUAAGUCGUCUGGCUGCCCUUAUUGUAGUCAGACGCUUGACAUCGUGUUGGACUUCAUCUUGUUUACCUUUGGCUGUAGCAAGAGAGCUAACGCUAGCGACGUUAGCCCACUUAGUCGCUAGCCUGCUCAGUCCAAGCGUUAGCUCUCUAACGCUAACUCAAAUCUGUGGCGAAAUGGCGGCCAACACGACACAAGCAACCCCAGCAACUAACUGGUCCUAUGGUGCUGCUGCAGAUGGCCAGGUUCAUGAAAACCCAGAAUGGGAGAAAGCAAGACAAGCACUGGCAUCCAUUAACAAGAGUCAGAGCUCUGCUAAGACUACACAAGCCAACCGGACCACAGCAGAGGCCGGUCAGUUCCAGCCAGCAGUGACGGACUCUGCUGCCAUUCAGCAGCAACAGCAGUACUAUCCGUGGUACCAGCAAACCCAGCAGCACUAUCCUGGAUACACAUACCCCUAUAACUAUUACUACCCCAUGGGUCCAUAUGGAGCGGCAUAUCCACCAAAUCAGUAUGGUGUACCCCCAGGGCCUUACCAAGGAACUCCACCCUCCAAUGGCCAGCCUCCUCCAGUGCCUGGAAUGGAAGACCAGUCCCCCAGCUACCCCUCUCAACCACAACCUCCUCCUCCUGCUACUCCCCAGCCAUCCCAGAGCCCAACCACCUCAGAGAACCCCCCUCCUCCUCCACCCCCACCCAUCCCUCCCCCACCCAACUCCCAGUACCCCCCUCCUCCAUCACAAAAUCCUUACAGUGCCAACAAUUCCAUGCCAUACCCACCUGGUGACCCCAACCAAAUGCAAGUCUACAAUCAUUCCCAGGGAAGGCCUGACUAUGGCCAGGGCUUCCAGGGCCAGAACACCUAUCAGCCCCCUCAGAAUACCUCCCAGCAGCCAGGCCAGUAUGUACCAGGGUUAGGCAGAGGAGAAGCCAACAAAAACAAAAACCAAAAACAAGGACAACAACUGUGGCACCGCAUGAAACAGGCACCUGGGACAGCUGCUGUGAAGUUCAACAUUCCCAAGAGGCCCUAUCAGGUUCAAUGUUCUCCAGUUUCCAAUCAGGCUUUCCCUCCAGGUGAACAGCCCUCAGGAUUGAAUCCAUCUCCGUCCUCCCCAGCUACUGCCAGCGCUGCACCUGGAGGUGGUCAGACACGACCCCAGGACUGGCCCCAAGCCAUGAAGGAAUACGUGCAGCGCUGUUUUACAGCCUGUGAGACUGAGGAAGACAAAGAUCGCACAGAGAAGGUGCUAAAGGAAGUCCUGCAGGACCGGUUAAAGGAUGGCUCUGCUUACACAAUUGACUGGACUCGUGAGCCACUGCCAGAACUAAAGGUCAAACAGUCUCGCUGGGAAGCUGUCCCACCCCAGAGGACAUCAGAUAGCUCAAUUAGCCGUGGUGGAAGUACAGUGGCUGCAGCUUCAAGAGGCAGGGGUGGUGGACACAGAUUGGGCCACUACAGGAAUAUAUUUUCUCAAAGGAGUCCAUCCUCUAGUUCCUCCCGUUCCUCCUCUCGCUCGCCAUCUCCCUCCCAUGGCCGACACAGGGACCGCAGCAACCAAAGGCACAGGCGGAGUGAUUCUGGCUCACAGUCAGACAGCAGCAUCUCCAGUGACCUCCGACCUCAGCUGUCAAGACGAAACCAGAAAGGAGCACGUGGUCGUGGUAAUGACAGGGAUAGAGGACGAGGAGGUGGAGAGAGAGGAAGAGGAAGAGGCGGAAAAGCCAACAGAGGAAGACGAAACAUGGAAGAGUCAGGUGUUGGAAAGAAGAGGAAAGGUGGAAGUGCUGGUCUGGAUUUCCAUGACCCCAACAGAGAAGCCAAGAAGCAAAGCAGAGCAGCUCGUUUCCACAAGCAGCUGCGUUCAGAACCUCUGAUUCUCUCCAUCAAUGCCUUGGACCUACCUGAUGGAACACAAGAGGGCCUCAGCUGGGAGGACUGCCCCAUUGUGGGAACAUGUCAGGACAUCACCAAGUCCUAUCUGAGGCUCACCUGUGCCCCUGACCCCUCCACUGUGCGCCCUGUGCAUGUGCUAAGAAAAUCUCUGCUGGCUGUGAAAGCCCACUGGAAAACCAACCAGGAUUAUGCCUAUGCCUGUGAACAGAUGAAAUCCAUACGACAAGACCUCACGGUCCAAGGAGUUCGAACCGACUUCACAGUGGAAGUGUACGAGUGUCAUGCUCGCAUUGCUCUCGAAAAGGGAGACCAUGAAGAGUUCAAUCAGUGCCAGACGCAGCUGAAGGCCCUGUAUAAGGACAAUCCCUCAGAGAACAUUGGAGAGUUUACAGCAUAUAGAUUGCUGUAUUAUAUCUUCACUAAAAACUCUGGAGAUCUGACCACUGAGUUGGUAUACUUGACCCCAGCGCUGCGGGCAGAUGAGUGUGUGGCUCAUGCCCUUGCACUCCGUGCUGCCUGGGCUUUAGGAAACUAUCGCCGAUUCUUUAAGCUCUACCUUGAAGCCCCACGCAUGGCUUCAUACCUCAUUGACAAGUUUGUAGAGAGGGAGAGAAAGGUUGCGCUGCGGGCCAUAGUCAAAACAUUCCGGCCUGACUUGCCGGUGCAGUAUGUGCAGUCCACUCUGGGCUUCCCUUGUUUAGACUCCUGUAUGGCCUUUCUUACUGGGCUAGGUGUCACCUUUGCCCCCUCUGACCCCAAAAAGAUAGACUGCAAAACCAGCACAGCCUCUUUGGCUGCCUCCUGAGUAGACGGGGGGUAGCACAAUGAAGGGAGACGCUAAGGGACCUUCAUGGAUCCUUACAUAUUCAAUGCACUGCACUUCAGACACUUCAGCCAGUUCAGAUAGAGUAGUGGCAGACUAACACCUGUAUAAGACCCACAGAGAAAGAUACAUGCUAACAUACUCUGCUGCAACACCUAGAUUUCAGAAUGCAGAUGUAGUUAUCUGACACUCAGAUAAGAACAGUUUUAAACAUAAGGGAGAAUGUCUGCAUACACUGUCACCCAACUAUUGUAAGUUAGCCUAAUGCCCAAGUUAUCUCACCACAUUUAUGAUGUCAGAAAAGUGAGUGAACAGUUAAGAUUUGGGAUUAUCAUGUAGUUUCAGCACUUACAGGCCAAGAAGUCGCAGAACCAGAUCAGGGAGGCGCUCCCCAUCAUGGUUCCUGUACCUUUACCACCGUCAGAUGUCAAAGCUAACAGUGUUCUGUUAUGUUUUUUCCUCCCUCAAGUCAACAGCUCCAAGACCUGAAGAUCCAAGCCUUGUCAAUCAAAAGGGAAACGCAAACAGCUCUUCUUCAAGUCACUUAUCCAGCUCUCUGCUGUUUGAAGUAAAGCCUACGGAAUCAGUGCAACUUCACAUUUUCCUCUUAGAGACUGAGACGACACAGUGAGAAGAUGCCCGCAGUCUGUCUCAAAGAGGAGGUGGUGGUUUGUAUGUCCUGCCCUGCAUCCUGUUUCCUCUAUGUAUCUACAGCUGGCUGUUCAUUCUCUUCCUUGUCCCCAACCCUAAGGCGAGUGAAAGCAAUGGACUGAAGUCUGAAGUCUUGUUCCUGAUUUAAUUAAGUAGUAUUCAUCUGUUGGUCUUAGUUAUGGAGUUGUUGGCCAGCAUUGGGAAGAAGUUUCAAUCUGAUGAGCACUGACUUUGUGUUUGAUGAAGGAUACAGGCAAGUGUUCUUCACCAAGGUUAUAUCCUCACUCCUCCAUAUCCUGGAAGCCUAGCUCCAUCUCUAGAAUCAAAGCAGCCAGAGGCAGAGAGGAAAUCUGCUUCCAUCAUCCUCAGGUAGAAGUUCCUGCCAGCACCUGGAAACCAGCACACCAUGGUCAACACAGCAAAGUGCAGUAAUGAUGACCGUCUUAACUUCACCAGCUGUUAUUCAAAAGAAACAGGCAGCUAAGCUGCCAUCUUCAAGUACAGCUGAAGGUCAAAUUUUGUGUGGUGGAGCAUCGAGGGAAACAUGCUGCUUAUUCACAAAGGAAUAUCAACGAGUGGUUUGUAUGCUACACCUGGCUCUGGUGUUUGCAAGGCUGGUAAGAGAAAGGGACUUCUCUGGAAGGAGGUGGAUGACGGCACAACAGAGAUGUUUCCUCACAUUUCUUCUGUGUUUAAUGCUUUAUGUCUUGGGUUUUUUGGACAGCAGUAUUGGCCUUUCUCUUGACAAAAGGAAAAAGAAUUAUGGAGCUGCAAUCAGUUUAACGAAAAUUUACAGGUUGAUAUUGGAAGAAUUAAUUAAGCAUCAUAACAAAUUUGACAAAAUGCUAAAAGACGGAGUCAGUAAGAUCCCAGAAAUUUACUGCACAGAUGCACGCCACUGUUUGAAUGUCAUGAUAAAAGUAUUUAAAUCAAAACUGAUGAAUUUUAAACUGAUGUAGACUAAUUUAAUAAAAAGGGAGAAGCAAGUGGAGUGCAACCUAGUGCUUUUAUGUCCGUCUUUCCAGUAGAUAUUAAAUAAUUUUUCUAAGGUACACAGAACAGUUCCUCUAAGUGGCAGUGGAAUUGUAGCAGUUUGUUCUCUCUCAUGUCAUUCGGCCCAUUUUUCUUUAGGUUUGUACUUUUCAGAACCUAGGAUAAUACUGGCGGUGGUGGUGCACACUAUCUAAGGUGGUGAUAAGGAAGAGAUCUACUACCAUACUUUAAAUAGUAGUAGUUGGACAGCUUGUUACUUUCAGGAAAUGUAACCGUAACCAACAGAACAUUUCACAUUGAUUAUUUUUGUGCUGUUUGCCACCGUAUCCUAUAAUUUGGGUCCUCAUAUAGAAUGAUUGUGCUGAAAUUGAAAACAAAGAUCAACAUUGUUCUUCAUAAUUUGAGGGUUUUUUUUUUUAUUACCAUUUUAUUUUAACAGUAUUAAUUACCAUUGUAGACAUAUUGAGCCUGAGGUAUUUUAUGACUUUGGUGUAACUGACCGGAGCAUGAGUGGAUGCAGGCUUGCUGUACAAUCUGUUUACCUGUUUACAGAGUUUUUCUUUUUGUAAAUAUUGUAUGAUAUUGCUGUGAUUUCAGUUAGUGCAUAGGCUUUUUGUUUUGUUUUGUUUUUUCACACAGGGGUAAGUGUGAAAAUUUUUUUUUUUUCUGGGUUUCACAAAACUCUUAGACUAUAUACGUGAAUAUGUAAACUUAAUUGCAGACAGGUCUGGAUUGGAUUGUGUGCAAUGUCUUCAUCAUUUCAGUGGAUAUAGUGUAGGAGUUGAUAAUUGCCAGUGGUAGUUUUUCCUGUAAACAUUAGUUUAACUCUCAAACCAAAUUUUGGCAAGAUGUCAUGAUCAGAUCCCACCAAUAUGAAACAUUUGGUUUUUAAAUUUGUCCUUUCUUCAGGCAAAAAACACAUGGCCAAAUUUUGUCACAUGCCUGUUUUUGCAGCAAAGAACAAAUCCAUACAGUUGACAAAAUUUGUUUAAACCUAUAUCAUGAAUUUAUUUUUCAAACUGUUAACCAUAAUUUCAGCAAAUGUUUUGUAAUGACAAAUGAUCUCAACAUGUUUUCUUUCUUCCCCCUUCAUCUAUCUGAUCCCCUGUCGUCUUUGCUGUUCCCUCCCCUCACUCCCUAAACCUCUCUCACACACCACCAGACUUCUCAUUCUUCAGCUCGUAGCACUGCUGCAUUGCAGGAGCACACGGAGUGAUAAGUGGGCGAACCUCCUCCAGACGCCAGCCGGAGAGAGUGAAUUGUGAGCAAUCCAAGUCUUGGUUUGACCCACUCAAGUUGAAGCAAUACAGCUGAUAAAAUACAUGGGAGCCUCACAUUGUGAAAUGUAGAAAAUGUGGAUCUACUGCUAAUGUGAUUUGCUGCUAACCCAAAUAUUUAAAAAUGUUUGUCUGUGCAACAUGAUACCUGUUUAGCUUAAAACAAUGUUUGAAUACUGACAGUCACAAUGUGUUGUUUUCUGUUUGUCCAGAUACAUUUACAUUUUUUGAGUCGGUUUGCUGGUAAAAUGUGUCGUCAUUUAGGGUUUUUUUUUUUUUUUUUUCUUUUUCUUUUACCCAAUUUAUUUAUAGUCAGGAAUCAUUUGGCUUGUGUUUGCUUGAUGGACAGACCUGCCUGAGUCAUAGUUGUAUAUUAAAGCCUAGUUUUGAGAGUUUUAUCCCUCAUCAUCUAAAAUGUGUCUGGACAUACAGUACAUAUUGUUACUCUUGAAAUUCACCUACGUUUUUUAAUUUUUCAUAGUAUUUAGGCAACGAUUCUUAUUUGGCAAGUGCUGGUACGUGCUCCCAUGCUAAGAAUUACCUUUUGGUUUCUUUAUAUGUGAUGAGCUUGUUGACUGAUAAUUGUUUGUUGCCUUAGGCUUGUGUAAAUGUCAACUUUUUACACAGGGUUAAAGUGUGUGCAUCUGUUGUCUCAGUUUGAAACAGGCCAGGAUGUUUGCUUUAUUAUUAUAAUUAUUAUUUUUCUUUUUUAGUAGAAAAUUCACCCCAGAUUAUCUAACAAUACAUGUUCAUUUCGAUUUUUUUUUUUUUUUUUUUUUUGUCUGAUGCCUUAGUCAUGUUUUCAGUAUUUUUUGCUCCCAUGUUACUGUAUAUCUCCAUUAGUCUUUGUAACUCCUUCCUUGAUAAUUGACACUGGCCGAACUCCCAUGUCCCUCACUUCAGCUGUGUUCAUUUCCUACCAUUUCCCUUUUAACCCGUCUUCUUCAUGUGAGCUUAUCUUGUCUCUGUUCUCACUUUCUCCCAGUCUCUCUCCCUCUCUCCCUGCAUGCUGUCAUCUUCCCUCUCCUGCUCUCUCCUACAAAUCUCUAACCAGUAUUUGUUCUUUUCUCAUUCUUAUCUUUUCCUUAAAUGUUGAAUAUGUUUGUGACCGUUUGCCGUGUGCAACUAGUCACUCACUAGUAAGUAUUGUAUUGCGUCCGCAAUGCUUUAAUAGUUUAUGUUGCAGCUCACUAACAACUGAAGCAGAAGGUUUAUCUGCAAUGUCGCCUCCCUGUCCCUCAUUUCCCCAUGCCUCUACAGAUCUGAUAUGAUAAACUGCCAUAUUGUAAAUAUUCUGUACAUAUUAUCUUUUGGGGAAAAAAAUCUAAUAAAAUUCAAGUAUAAAGGGCAGAGUGUGAUUGUUAAAUCCUAUGAUUCACCUAUUUAAAGGUAAAUGGAUAAAACAAGAAGAACAAGAAUUGGAGACAUUAAAAAGGAUAGGUCACAGAAUUCAGGAGUCACGUUUUGCGCAGACAGUUUAUUGUGAAAUGUCAUAAAUGUGGAGUGAGAGGCACCUGUGACACCAUAAGACUAGAAAUAAGACAUCAGCUUGGUUACUUGGCACAAUAUAGACAUUUCCUGCCAAAUUUUCCUUUUUACAGCCACAUUUGAGGUAAAGAGGGCGUCAAAGUCACUGAAUGGAGUAGUUGAAUAAGUUAGUGUUUAAUGUCAGAAGGAAAAACAUUUAGAAAAGCUGAAAUUAGAGGGAAAGGGUAGAAAACAAACUAAACAAGAAAUUCAUAAAAUAUAAAACUACAUGCAAUCAGUAAAAAGAAUGAAACACUUUCGCUCAUGCAGUUUAGUUUUAAAGGGAAAGAGAAGUUAGAAAUUUUUUACAGAAAGUUCCUUGAAAGUGAAAAGGAAUCAAACUAAGAUGUUUCCUCAUCAACCAGUAACGAAAACCUCUACCUGUGCCUCAAAAUUCAGUAAAGUGUUACAAUUUAAUUUGAUAUAUAUAUAUAGAUAUUGCUUAUAAAGCCCCAUAGAAUAACAUUAGCUGCAAAAGGCAAACAUUUAUUUUCCCCUUAAAUCAAACUGCAAGAUUGCAAGUUCCGCAAAAGACCAUGGCAUCUUGUGUAUGACAUUACACCCUUAAGGUGAAAUA